AUGAGCAAUAUAGAUUAUUCAAUUUUCCAGCUAUUUCAGAAUAUGCAAGAAACACUUCUUGCCUUAAAAAAAAGCCAACAAGAACUUCAGAAGGAGCAAGAAAAGAUACAUCUAGAAAUUUCUGAUAUGCACAAAAACAUGAAUAGCCAAACAAUUUCAGAGCCAACUUCAGUCCAUGAUAAUAUUGGUGGGCCAAUUCCAAGACCAGUUCCGAAUAUAAAGGCCAUAACUCUGAGACAUAUAUACAAAAUGAUGGGCCAAAAUUUUGGGGUCCAACUAAGCAAGAAAAACAAGGCAACACUCAACACUUGCACCUGCCUUGUCUGUGAUAAAUUGGCCCUAAUGCAUUCCAUACAAGCUCUAGAACCAAAUCCAAGCUGGAGCUCCAUAUCCCAAGAAGACAAGAACUAUAUGUGCACCAGGCAUGCACUUUUACUCAAAAGAAACGGCAUAGACUUUACCAGAUGUCACAAGAACUGGGAAUCCGUUGCAAAAGUUAGUCAAUUAUGGAAAAACCGUAAAAAGAGUAAAUUAUAA